AGGACGAUUUCAAUAGAACACUCCAAUUCCUCGAGUUCGUCGCUGAGAGGCAUUUUCUUGUUCCCUGAACUCUAAACAUGGCGACGGUAUUGCCACUUGUAGUACUUCUAACUGCACACGUUGCUUCGGGUGAAUUUUGGGCUUCGUUUUUCUCGAGACCCACUCCCGGAUGCCACUCAGAUGACAUGGUUGCAUCGAAGCUGGAGCUAUACGCUACCAUGAGGGCUUGGGUAUUUGGGAAGUGGGCAUCACAAGUUAAGGAUCAUGAAGCAAUUAAAUAUGCGAAGGGUGACAUCUAUGACGCGAUGAGGAGCUGCGCUGGCAGAUAUCACAUCUCCUGGAGCUGCGUAUACCAGAACCAGUGCAUCCAAGUGUUCGACUGCUUACGAGGCGUCUUGCACGAUCGAGUGCCAGAUGAAGCCUACUCGGACCUGACAGAUGAGUUCAUUACGAAACUUUGCAAUCCGAAAGCGAAGACAACGAAGCAGCUCAUAUGGUACCUGGAUGAAGCCUCAGAGUACCAAGACUAGACUCCGUCAAGUGUUACUAAGUUCUGGCAGAAUGCAAUACACAGGAAUUGAAGAAGGGCAA